ACUCCCGGAAAUGACUCGGCCUGUACACCCCUCCCACUUUCUGCCACUACUGGCCCCCCCAUUGCUAUUUCCCUCCCUCCCCCCUGUCGUUUCCGGCUCCCGCCUUCUCUCCGCCGCGAUUCCUCUCUAAGCCUUUUGGGGGGGAGGGAGGGAGGGGAGGGGAGGGGGGCGUGGAGGAUCUGGGGUUCUCGGGAGCACGAGCCGCAGCACCACUUCCGGAAAGUUCUGGAGCCCUGGAAAGGAGAAGGCAAAAGACGGCAGGAGGAAGAGAGAGAGAGGGUAGAAUGGAAGAAUCUCACUUCAAUUCUAACCCGUACUUCUGGCCUUCUAUCCCCACAGUCUCCGGACAGAUCGAGAACACGAUGUUCAUCAAUAAGAUGAAAGAUCAGCUGUUGCCAGAGAAGGGCUGUGGUCUGGCUCCACCUCACUACCCCACCUUGCUGACAGUGCCUGCCUCAGUGUCCCUACCCUCAGGCAUCAGUAUGGAAACAGAAUCUAAGCCAGACCAGCUGACCCCACACAGCCAGGCGUCCGUUACCCAGAAUAUCACGGUGGUCCCUGUGCCGUCUACAGGACUAAUGACUGCUGGAGUCUCCUGUUCUCAGAGGUGGAGAAGAGAAGGGAGUCAAUCAAGGGGUCCAGGUUUGGUAAUCACGUCCCCCUCAGGCUCUCUUGUGACCACAGCCUCUUCAGCUCAGACCUUCCCUAUUUCGGCUCCCAUGAUUGUCUCAGCUCUUCCCCCUGGCUCACAAGCCCUGCAGGUGGUCCCUGACCUCACCAAGAAGGUAGCAUCAACCCUAACAGAGGAAGGAGGUGGAGGUGUUGGUGGAGGUGGCAAUGUGGCACCUAAGGCCCCCCGGGGCCAGAAGAAGAAGCGGAUGUUGGAAUCAGGGCUUCCUGAGAUGAGUGACCCUUAUGUCCUCUCCCCUGAGGAUGACGAUGACCAUCAGAAAGACAGCAAGACUUAUAGGUGCCGGAUGUGCUCACUGACAUUCUACUCAAAGUCGGAGAUGCAGAUCCACUCCAAGUCACACACCGAGACCAAGCCCCACAAGUGCCCACAUUGUUCCAAGACGUUCGCCAACAGCUCCUACCUGGCUCAGCACAUCCGUAUACACUCAGGGGCUAAGCCCUAUAGUUGUAACUUCUGUGAGAAGUCCUUCCGCCAGCUCUCCCACCUUCAGCAGCACACUCGGAUCCACUCCAAGAUGCACACGGAGACCAUCAAGCCCCACAAGUGCCCGCACUGCUCCAAGACCUUCGCCAACACCUCCUACUUGGCCCAGCACCUCCGUAUCCACUCGGGGGCUAAGCCCUACAACUGCUCCUACUGCCAGAAGGCCUUCCGCCAGCUCUCCCACCUCCAGCAGCACACACGAAUCCACACCGGUGAUAGACCAUACAAAUGUGCACACCCAGGCUGUGAAAAGGCCUUUACACAGCUCUCCAAUCUGCAGUCCCAUAGGCGGCAGCACAACAAAGAUAAACCCUUCAAGUGCCACAACUGUCAUCGGGCGUACACAGAUGCAGCCUCACUGGAGGUGCACCUCUCUACGCACACGGUGAAGCAUGCCAAGGUGUACACCUGCACUAUCUGUAGUCGGGCAUAUACAUCGGAAACAUACCUGAUGAAGCAUAUGCGUAAACACAACCCUCCUGAUCUCCAGCAACAAGUGCAAGCAGCCGCGGCAGCAGCAGCAGUGGCCCAGGCUCAGGCUCAGGCUCAAGCUCAAGCUCAAGCUCAGGCUCAGGCUCAAGCCCAGGCCCAGGCCCAGGCCUCUCAGGCAUCACAGCAGCAACAGCAGCAGCAGCAGCAGCAGCAGCAACCACAACAGCAGCCACCACAGCCACCACACUUCCAGUCCCCUGGGGCAGCCCCCCAAGGUGGUGGUGGUGGGGACAACAACCCCAACCCUCCACCUCAGUGUUCCUUUGACCUGACCCCCUAUAAGACAUCAGAGCAUCAUAAGGACAUCUGCCUCACUGUUACCACCAGCACCAUCCAGGUGGAGCACCUGGCCAGCUCUUAGAAACCUUUGCUGCCAUCCACUGGAAAGAGGGGAAAGAAGUUCUGGACCCCUCUUCCUUCAACUCCUUUUGGUGGGAAAAGCUCUUCUUCCUUAACAGGCCUUGGCUCCAUCUCCGUAGGCCUCAGGCACGGCCUUCUGUCACAGGAUGCCAUCCUUAUUCCUAACUCUUCACAAGGAACAUCAGCCUUCCUGAUUGGCAAAGGAAUACUGAGCUGGUAGUGCAAUCCAGCAACCUCCCCUCCUAAGCAUAGCUUUUGAAAAUUGAGGGUUGGUGCUCAAGGGAGGGAUUUGCUAUGACCUCAUAGAAACUUGUCCAUUAUAGACACUUACCCUCUCCUUAACCCUCCUCAUUCUCAAAACAUGGGCUGACAGAAGACUAGAGGCUGGCCUUCCCAGAAACCAGAGAAGGGAGCCCUAAAUACAACCAGCCUGUUCUGUUCUUGCCUGCAAAAGAACAGAAGUUUGUCAUAUGCCCCUGUCCCCAGGAGCCAUUUGUUCCCCUAAAUGGUCUCAUUUCACUUCCUACCUAAUGCUGGAGGAAGGAGCUUUGGGUGGGGAUCAGACCUCUCUAUAAGAGGGCAAGGGCUGACAUGUGGUCCCCAAGGGGCCAGAGAUUCCCAAGGUCAAGGGUGGCUAAGAAGUAUGGGUUAUGGUUUUUCUUAGAGCCAUUCUCCCCCUUCUCUGUCAGCCGAGGCCCUGUACCCACAGUCUCCCCAUCCCAAACCUCAAGGAACUGGGGGAGGUUUGUGUUCUAUGAAAUCCCAAAAUAAAAGGGGAGUCCUGCAGAGAAGGGAGAGUUCAGGGCAAAACACAAGGACUGGACUUAAACUCCCUAGGUGCCACGGUCAGUUGCCGGACACGGAUUUAUAUAUAAAUAUAUAUAUAUAAAUAUAUAUAUACACCCACUCAUCACAGCCAUCUUUGUUGUAACCAUUUCUGUGUUUAUAAAUGCAUUAUCUCUGAGAAUUUUCAUAUUUGAUGUUUAUUAUUUUUUGUCUUUGUUUUUCUUUUCCACUCUGUCCCUCUGGCCAUAGAAUUUUUAUUUCCUUUUGUCUUUUUUUUUUUUUUAAAUCAUGGCAGAUUUCAGAGAAAAGAAAAAAUUCAGAAAAAAUCAGGAAACCAGUUGUUAUAAAGCAAUUUACAAACAGAAAAAAAACCUUAUGUACAAAACAAGGGGUGUUUUUAGAACAUUGUAUAGAAAUAAAUUCGUGUAAAAGG